UGGCGAAAGUAGUACUCGCUUGGGAUGAAGCAACAAGAUAAAGGAUCCGAAGGCGUGGGAGGGUGUUAUCGUAAUUAAUCUAAAUCUGAUAGAGACAGAACACAACGCAAGUCCUUUUCUCUUUCUCCGCUUGAUUUUUUUCAAUUCCGCGUCCCUCUCUGUAGAAAGAAGUCGAAAAGAUCUAGAGAAGAAAAUCCUGGCGUAAAUCUCGUUAGGGUUUUUCAAUUUGCGCAAAAAACAUUUUGAUCUCUGUCUCUCACUCUGAAUGGCGGGUUACAAAGCAGAUGAUGAAUACGAUUACCUUUUCAAGGUGGUUCUGAUCGGUGACUCUGGUGUUGGAAAGUCCAAUCUGCUUUCACGAUUCACCAAGAACGAGUUUAGCCUCGAGUCCAAAUCAACCAUCGGAGUCGAGUUCGCGACUAGGAGCUUGAAUGUUGAUGAUAAAGUCAUCAAAGCCCAGAUUUGGGAUACUGCUGGUCAAGAAAGGUAUCGAGCCAUCACUAGCGCAUACUAUCGAGGAGCUGUCGGAGCGCUUCUUGUCUACGACGUAACCCGACACUCCACAUUUGAAAACGUGGAGACAUGGCUCAAAGAACUCAGAAACCACACCGAUCCAAACAUUGUAGUCAUGCUCGUUGGCAACAAAUCUGAUCUCCGCCACCUCGUGGCUGUUCAGACAGACGAUGCCAAGUCAUUCGCUGAGAAAGAGUCUCUUUACUUCAUGGAAACCUCGGCUCUCGACUCCACUAAUGUUGAGAAAGCUUUCGCGGAAGUCCUCACUCAGAUUCACUGCAUCGUGAGCAGAAAGGCCAUGGAAGCUGCGAGCGAAUCCGCUAAUGUUCCAUCGAAAGGAGAUAAGAUCGAUCUUGGUAAAGAUGUUUCUGCAGUGAAGAAAGGUGGAUGCUGCUCAAACUAGUAAGAGAGUGGACCUUGGUUUGGUGCUAGCGACCGGAUGAUCGGUUUCUCUUAACGGUUAUGUUGUUCAAAAGUGGUUCGAAUAUGAGAGAUUACUCUUUUGAUGUAUUUCUACUGAUUAUAUAAAUUAAUCGAUGUUCUUGCUUGAGAUAUGAUUUUGAAUUUUGAUGUUGUCAAAUUCCCAGAACUCUAUUAUCUAAGAAAAAUAGAGAUAAAAGUGAGUUUUUGAUGAUUCCGUUCGGUUUGUAAAAGUUUGUUCUGUUUUUCUUUGGCAACA